UUCCCCCCCGCCUCCCUUUCUCAUUCUCACAGCGAGUCCCUAACAACGCAGGGAGGAACGGGGCCGGUUCGGCGCAUGCGCGACCCGCCUCGCCCGCUCUGUGGCUACCUGAGGAGGCGGGCGGCGCGUGAGGAGGGGCUGCGCGACUCCCCGCCUCAGUAUUGUCGGACCACCAUGGAAGAGGCUCCGAAAGAGAGCCGUCAGAGCUUUCCUAUUGAAACAACACCACCAUAUCAUGAGGUGAAGGAAGAACUAUUAAGCCAAAGCAGUAGUGGAACACAGAUUUCAAAUGCCAGUGGUGUCUCCUUGGGAGAACUGAUCAGACGUAGAUCUGUUAUUAAUCAGGGGGUGGAAGCAUGGUACCGACCUUGUACAGAAGUGGAUGACAGCAAUCUGACUGGAGCCAAAGGAGGGAGGCUCAGCCAGACUGAAGCUUGCGAUAUGACUGAAUUUCCAAUGAUGGAGGAAGGAUUGGUUACACCCACAGAGAACUCUAGAAGGCAGCAGGCACCUAAUAUGACUCAUACUCCCAUGCUUGAAAUUCAGGACAGUUGCCUCUCUCCCAACCUCCCACUGAUGACGACAUACUCAACGCAAGGUCAAACGUUCUUCAGUGAGACGGUCUUUCCACAGACGGAAGUGGAUUUUGCUCCCCUGAGAGGAACCCUUGAUGCUUCUGAAAAUACUCCAAGGCAUUUGCAUAUGAGUGAAGCGGUACGGCUGGCGGCCACAGAAGUCAGUUCAGAUUUGUCUGGAGACUGCAAUUUUCUCUCUCAGCACCCCUUGGCUUUCAGCACGAUGGCACCUAGCAACGCUAGCCUUAGUAGUUGCCUUUCCCAGCAUCCCCUUUCUUUUUCUGGGCACAUCGCUGUGGAACAGAGGCAACACGGCGAAGAGCAAAGGGCUAAGGAUGGGAAUUCUGGAGUCUUAGGUUUCCAGAUGCUUCCAGGCCAGAACCACUUGCCUGCAGCUUGUCCUCCAGAGGGUUCUUGGGGAACGGUCCCAGGCCAGGACUUCUUCCUUUUGGACAGCAAGGUGCCGACACCUCUCCUGCUUGAAAUGCUUGAGAAGGAGAUGGGGCUCGCCAAGGAUGGUGGCUUCUCAUCUUCUGCGAGCUCUUCUUCUAAAAGCGUUUCGGGAAAGGCCCCAGAAGGAAAUGAGACAAGUCAGCCAAUGGAGAGUAUAGUUUUGGUAGAGAGGGAGCCAGAGACCUUUGUGGAGCCACAUCAACAAGAAAACACCAUUCCUGACCCUGCUUCGUUCAGACUACUUUCUGAUGCAGAGGGAAAUCCAUUUAGAAAUAGCAAGGACAUGGAGCAAUUGUCUGCAAAUACUUUGCAGGCAUGGAUGUCCUCCAGGGGGUAUAGGAUGGAUUUGGGUGACUCUUGCAGUAUUGCCGGGACAUCUGGGAAAGCCGUCAUCGGCAAACAGCAGGUUUCUGAUGCUCAGUUUGAGGAACAAAAAAGGAACCUCGUUAAAGCACUGGUUGACUGUAGACUUGAUGCUGUUGUACCUCUCCAGUCAGCCACUGUGACUCCUGAGGCGGGCAAUACAUGCAGCAAGCAGGUAAACACUCUGCUGGAAGAAGCCAAGGCAGGAGUGACAAAAAAAGAAUUGACACUCUCUGACUACAGUAUAGAGAGAGAGCAUAAGGACAUUGGAGUUUCUCCUUCCUUUCAUGAAGGGUCAUUCUUUGGACACCUGGCCCAUCCGAUUCAUCACUCUACACCAGGGUUUUUUGCAGCCAGAAGUGUGAAAGAAGAAGCUCCUGGUGUGGCCGCCCCAGCCAAAUCCAUUCUUCAGUCCCCUCUCUCUUGUGUACACGAAGAGAUUUUCAAGACUUCGUUGGCUAGUACAUGUGUUCCUUCUGUGGAAGACCCUCGUGUGCCUUCUGGGGAUGACACUUGUGUCCCUUCUGCUGAAGAGCCUCUUGUGCUCCAAAGCAGCCAAGAUGCAGACACUGGAGGCAGUGGCAGUCCUGGGGUUCUACAUCCUCUUAAAGGUAGGAUCCAGUCUCUGCCUUGUCUCAAUUUCAUGGAGAAAGUAGGGGCAUGGAGCAUGAGCCAGUCAGCUGAGAGGAUGUCUGAUGCUUUGGCUUUACAUGCUUCAGGUGGCAUGUCUUCCAGGCAGAAAGCCUACAGUGCUACUGCAGACUCCUUAAACAGCAUCCACUUAAGACAGAAGAGCCACGCUGAUCUUAAAACAGGGCUGGUGGCAUCCUUUUGUCAACCAGUUUCUAUGACCAGUCAGCACUCUUACCAUAAAGAGCCAUCACAAACUUUACCACUUACCAGGUCUCAUUCUGAAAACUCUGUGAUCACAGUCAGCAAAGAGGUUUUGAAAACGGAGGUAGGUAACCGGACCAAUCCAGAUUAUGAUCAUCAACCAGCACCAGGUAAAGACUGUGUUUUGGGAGCUUCAGGAAUUAAGCAAGAUAAUGCUAACACGGAAGAUUCCCUUAUCCAACAUCAUACAGCUGUCCUAGUUUCAGCUGUGUCCAGUGACGAGGAAACCAUGGAAAGUGCUGGAAGAGGAAGAGGUUCAAAUCCAGAUAAUUUCAUUACCAGUGACAGGGUUGCUGAACUUCUCAGAGAAGAGGCUAAUUCUCUUAGCAGUAGCCAAGAAAUGUCUGAUGGUUCUCAUAGGAAUGGCAGAGAAUUGCCAGGCUUGAUUAAAAUGGACUGUUUUAGAGAUGUUUCGCCAGAUAGCUUGAAUCAAGUCACUGGCUCUGGGACAGGUAGCUGUACAGACUUGAGACUUCCUUCAAGACAGUCAUCAAGGAGAUCUUCACCUCUUUCUGGAAAACUGCAUAGCAGUUUGGAGGAUGUACCACAAACCCCAGAUGAUGGACAUAUCAACAUAGAAGAGAGAAUACCAGUGUACCUCCGUAACCUUGGCAUUGAUCAGUCACCUUCAUCUAUACUGACUCCGUUUGUGCCUCGAGGGCCAGUCAGAGAAAUAGAAUUGUCUCCAACAGAGCUCAGAACACUGAAGGCAUCGACUGAUCUGUUUACACAGCGCUCGCAGUUAUCAGAAGGAGACUCUCACUCUCUAGUAGAUGCUAUGCAGUCAAGCUCAAACUCUUCUACUGUUCCUGGGGGCUCGGAUCCUGUUCCCAGCAUUCCUCUGCCAGCAGAGCCCUCCCCACACACUUCCAGAGUCAGUGAGUUCAGCCCCAUUCGCCGUCAGUUGCAGCUGCCUGCUCCUGUGCCACAUCCUGCAGAGGGCACUUCCGAGACUCUGGCUGCUCCCGCAUCCCGAGAACACAGUCAGGUAUUAACAGCAGUUCCUCCUGACCUCCGUUCUGAUGAGAAGUCAACAAAAUGGGGGCAGACGCAGAUGGACCCGGUGCAUUCCGAUGAAGUUGGAUCAAGUCAAGAGAAACGGUCUUUUAGCUCUCCACCCGAAGAAAAACAUGGAAAGGAUCUGAGUGGAAAAGCUAGUUCUUUGAGUACGAUUACUGAAAGAGAAAAAGAUGAUUCCUUCAUAGGAUCAAAAACACUGAAGGAGAUUGGGAAACUUCUAGGAGAGGCAGAAAGUAGAACUCCAGUCAAGAACUUUAAAUCUACCUCUUGUAUCUCCUCCUCCAUCGACCUGGACAGCUCCUCAAAACAAAGGGGAAAACUGGGUGGCUGUCAAGAUUCUCACUUCCUCAAAGGGAACACCCCAGGGAUUCAGAGAAUACGGUCAUGGGAUGAAUCCCUGGCCAAGCAAGAUUUUCAAGGAGACAAGGGGCUCAGCAAAACCCUUAGCUUAUCUGGCAAUUUAAAAUGGGGAGAACUGCUUCCUGUGGCUGCGGGUGAAUGGCACGAGGUAGUGGACCCUGUAAGGCGAUCGGAACCAGAAGGGUGUAACAGUGCCACAGUCAAUAAAAACCUGCCUGUUCUUGUAAAUAGUGGAGCAGACAACAGUUUAUGCACUUCUGAAGAUCUCAAAGAAUUCCAGGCUACUUCUAGCAUAAAGCCUUUGAAUAACGUCUCUCAUCCUGUGGGAAGCGUUCAGCACGUUUUGGAGAAAACCAAGGAAGCUGGCAAGAAAGAGAUGGGUAGUAGUCAUGAAAGUGGAAAUAGCAGCAGUGUGGACUCGCUAGGAAUCAAAGUGAGAACUCUUCUGCAAUCUGAACGUCCCAUGACACAGUCAGUGCUUUGGGUGGGUGAGCAGGAGCACUGUGGUCCUAUGAGUGGUCAGAAGCCGAGUUCCUCUGGAGGUAGCUCGGCUUUCAGCAGAGGGGAUGUUGGCGUCCACCAGAGUGAUCACAGCAGCAGUUUAGAUUCUUUGGCUGUCCGUGUCAAAACCCUUCUGGAGGAUGAGCGUCCUGUGAUGCAUGCGACUCAGAUACUACAAAGAGCAGAGGAAGAAGAAAAAAGGGCACAUGCCUGGGUGAAAAUGAAGCUGGCCACUCUUCCUCUAGGCUCUGUGCCUGACCUGAAUAAAGAAGAUCGGCAGAUGAUAGAAGAAAUCAAGAGACAGCAGCGUCUUAGUGCCAGGAAAGCUGAGGCUCUUAAGAAUCAGCUUUGGGAAGAUGGAUCUCAGAGAAUUUCGAGCCACAGCCCUAUCCCAGAGCCCAACGCAGGACUUUCAAAUCUUCUCGGUCAAAAUGAUCUGCAAAAGGCCAUUUACACUCAAAAUUCCCAAGUAGUUGCAUUUCCAGAGUUACUUGAAGUUCAGGCCCGACCAGUGGGUGGAGCUGGCAGUACCUUUCCAAUUGAUCCAGAGAUGAUGUCCUUGACCGGUGUCGAAAGCCGUGCCUACAAGCAGCUCCACACCCCCUCAGAUAACGUCUUGUCUUCCAGACAACAUUUCCAACCUCCUGUAUGCAAUAUUACAGAUACGCAUCUGGUGGGGCAGACAUGUGCUCCCAGGGAGAUCGUAGGAGAGGAGAGGAAUGUGUUGGCCCAGGCAAAAUUGACUGUCACCAGCUCUUCUACAGAACCUGCCAAACAAAUUACUUCUAUCACUUUUGCAUCUCGGAAAAGGUCAUAUUCUCCUUCUGCUUCCUGUGUACCCUGCCCUGGUCUUACCGAGGCCACUCCUUGUAAUCUGGUAACUUCCAAAGCCCAGUCUGUUACCAGUGAACAGCCAAAAUCUAGUAGGCAACAUCCAGAAACGUUCAAAUCCCAUCCUUCAGGAAACCCAACAGCCAAACAUAUGCCAGAUAUGAAUGUGGGAUUUUCAUCAGAUAAAUACUACCGUCAGAAUGACCACAAGGAGGAAUUGCACGCAGAAGAUGGCAUCACAUCACAGGGGAAACCUCAAACCAGUUGUGUUGAGCAGAAGGUCCACUUUAUUACGGAGGCCCAUGAAGGAAUUCAGUCUUCUUCUCAAGCCCUUUCUGAUCUGAGAAGACACAAGAAGCCUUUAGGUGUUGCUUCUGAUAACCAGUCUGAGGAAGAAAGAAUGAGAACUGAUGUGUUCUUCUCUGUAAACUCAUCUCAGCAGAAGACGGAUCAAGCUUGCCUCCAGAAUCGGUCACUGAAUGGCACAGGAAGCUUUGCCCAUGAGCCGUUUUUUCUUAAAGGGAAAGACAGUACAACAGAGAAUAAACUUACUUUUGACUUGAAUCUAUGCAACACUGGAGACAUGGGCAUAGGAGGUAUCAGUCCAUUGCCACCAGCUUCCCUAGAUUGCUUUUCAGCUGUCGUACCUGUAUCUCCUUCCUCGCCAACUAAGAAAGCCCUGUCUGCAGUCCACAUUACUCUCUCCCCAAAGCGUCUUGAUUUGGAUUGUUCAAGUCCUUUGGACGCCGGCCCUGAUAUGAAACAAGCCGGUGGGUGUAAGAUGAGCUCUAAGCCAGCAACUUUAAAUGAUCCACUGCGUGAAGCUCCGUCUAGGUUAAAACCCCCAAAGACUCAAGAUUCAUCACACUUCCCAAGACCAUUAUCACCACCAGAUUCUCACUUAAGGCAUUCACCUAUUUCGUGUAUAACAAAACAUGUCUCACAUGGAGUUGAGGAAGACAGGCAAAGUUUUCCAGGCACACAGCAAGGAAAUGCUAUAGUCUUAAGUUCAGGUGGACUAGAAGAAAAUGCAGAGACCACAGUUGCUUCUCAGACACAAAGGAUGUCAUCGGAUGCCAUCACUCAGAUAACAACGGAAAGCCCUGAAAAGACAACCUAUUCUGCAGAGAUAUUUGUUAGCACUGACAGUAAAGAGGCGUCGGCUUUGAACCUUCUUCCUCCGAAGAGAGACCAGUUUCCAAGUACCGCAAUGCCUGCUGUGAACCAGGUCUCCCUUUUGGAGGGACAGACAGGUAUGCCAGUGUUGCUCCCAUAUAAACCACCGGGGAGCUCAGAAAUGUACUAUGUUCCUUGUCGAAAAGAAACACUCAGGCUGUUUCGUAUCAAGUCGGAGACAACCGUGGAGAGCUCCCAUUCAGGUUCCAAUGAUGCUGUGCCUCCAGAAUUCCCACCACAAACGCUUGGCUCCUGGAAUGAGAAUCCUCCCAGCUCUGUAGCGAUUCGACACAGAGAGGGUAUCUAUAGUAAAAGGCCCGCACCCAGGAAUGCUUGGGCAGAAGAAAAAAUGUCAGCACAGCAUGGUAUGGAAGAAAGUUCCAAAAGUAGAAAUGGCUUGGAACCUGUUAAAACCACCAAUUCCAUCUUCAGGCCUGCUCAAUUUUACCUGCACCACCCAGUGUCUCUGCGGCAUGAAACUGACCACCUUCAUGGGAAGGAUGCCUUGCGGCAGAAUAUACAGCAAGGGCACCUGGCUGUUGCAGCAAAAGACUUCCUCCACAACAAGGGCAUUUUGGAGAGAAGCCAGGCCCCUGUCUCCCCAUAUCAAGCAAGAAGAGAUGAUCAUUUUUCCCCACUGACUCCUGAGUUAGACUACAGCUUUGUUGAGGAAUUUACUUUCAACAGGACUUCAGGGAGAGAAUCUCCAAAACAGGAAAGGUCCCUUCCUGAUGUGAGGAAACCUGGCCACGAGGUGGCUAAAGAAUGGCCUGUUCCAAGCAGCCCAAAAAGUAGCUUGGAAGAGAAGCAGAGGGCUGAUCACCCAUUGAAGCAAGGUAUUCCCUUGACUGGGAGUUUAGAUGAACUCUGGACAAAAUACUUAGAACGCCAAAAGGAUCAUCCUCAACGAAAUCCCAGUAGCAACAGGAAAGAGUUGUCUCUGGUAGAGCGACUCGAUCGGUUAGCCAGACUCCUGCAAAACCCUGUUAGGCACUCACUGCCUGCCAAGGAGGAGCAGCCGAAGGGAAAGGAGCCAAAGCAAAUCAGCUUCCAAGGGAAAAUGGCAUCUAUAAGUAAGCUGGCCACCUGUAGCAAAAUAGAAGAAAGCCAAGAUGCCACCACUGGUGUAGGGCUUUCAAAACCCAGGCAUCAGAACGCAGCCGCAGCUGUUGACCACAUGGAUGGAAGCUCAGAGCAGCUCCAGAACUCCGAGGCUCUGAGUGACACCUCUUCAGAGGUGAGGCCGGCGAAAGACUCCAGCGCGUUAACUGACAUCACCAGUGAAUCGGAGGCAACCCGACUGGAGACAGAAAGCGUGUCUCGGACAGAGGCAAGUGGUUCUGUUUCCACCAUUGACACAGCGAGAUUGAUUCGAGCUUUUGGGCGUGACCGAGUGAAGGUAUCUACAAAACUCUCCCAGCUGUACAGCGUCAUCAACCUUCAGAAGACAUGCUCGGAGAAGCACGGGAAGAGAAGCAGGAGAGCCAGAGGAACAGACUACCAAAAAAUGGCCCAUUCAGAGCAAAAAAGGCAGGAUUCUCAGACAACCGACUCUGUCAUUUCAUCGGAUUCCGUUUCCACCGCCAGUGUUUCCCGUGGACCCAGCUCUGCUCUCAGUCACAAGCGUAACCCCCGGAUGUUAAACAAGGCCAUCCAGGCAGGAGAUUUUGAGAUCGUGAACAGUGGGACAAAGAGGCACACACGAGACGUUGGUCUGACGUUUCCUACCCCGGCAUCCAGCCAAGCAAGGCUACAGGGAGGCCGCAAGAGUGGAACAGAAGAUGAGGUUUACGGAUGGUUGGAUGGACCCGUUUCAGAAGGCAAACAGACGCGGCAGCCAAAUGGUUUUCUUGCAGAAAAACGGCCAAGAAGGAACAAGCCGCAGGGGCUGCAAGGAGUUUCCUGGUUUGUCCCCGCAGAGGAUUUAAAAGCUGAGCCUAGGGGAGGAGAUGGACCCAGCCCUCCUCCCGAACCCGGGUCCUCGUGGUUUGAACCUCUGCUGAGCACGAAACCAUGGCGGGAGCCCCUCCGAGAGAAGAACUGGCAGGAGGAUCGCUGCGAGGGCCUCCAGGUGCGUCUAGCGACUCCAAGGAGAGAGGGAGAGAACAAACCGCCUCGGCCUUUCGUGAAAAUGACGCUGCAGGAAGCUCUUGCAUUACACCGCCCGGAUUUCAUUUCCAACUCUGGGGAACGUGUGAAACGCCUCAAGCUCAUCAUAGAAGAGAGGAAACUACAGCGCUUGCUCCAGGGCGAAAGAGAAGAAUUAUUUAACCCUCUGGAAGGGAGGAGAAAGGACAGGAAGGGGAGCGAUCUUUCUCCAAGCAGAGGCUACCGGACUAUACGGCGGAAAAGAGCAAUUUCCAAGAGCGAAAUGGUUCAGAGAUCCAAACGCAUCUAUGAGCAGCUGCCUGAGGUUCGUAAGAGAAGAGAGGAAGAGAAGAGAAAAUCGGACUACUCUACAAAUCGCUUGAAGGCCCAGCUGUAUAAAACGAAAAUCACCAACCACAUUUUGGGAAGAAAAGUGCCUUGGGAGUGAGGAUGAAACCGAUGAAAG